AUGGCGGAGACACAAGACCAGGCCCAGAAGGAAGAGAACCCUCUGUUGGCCGCACUCCCACCUGCGACCGACCCGAUCACGUACUUGACCAUCAUCGAGUACAAUCUCUCCGAGGAGAACUUACCAAUUUUGCACGAGGUUCUCCAGGACCGUGAAUUGACAGCUGACAUUGGCUGGGAUUUGAUUCACCUGCUGCUUCCGUUCCUUCCGGCUUCAGAAGACUGUCUGAAGGCUAUCGCCUCAAAAGGCAAUCCCAGAGAAUGCAUCUUGAAAGUUACAGAAGCACUGAGGCUGCUCGAGUUUGAGGAGCAACAUCAAGAGACUGACGAGGAGGACGAAAGUAAGGAUAGGGAAGAAGGAGAUGGGCAGCAACAUCAAAUACAAGAGGUGGAAGUCGGAGAGUCGAGUUCAACACCUGGGCUUUCUGGGACAACACCACCACCGCUGCCAGUUUUGAAGUUUGAGGUUCUACUGGAACUACUGGCUACGCUACACGGAAGAGUCAAGACAAAAUACCCAAGCCGAUUCUUGUCGACUAGUCUGCAAGCUGUGCUCUUCGCGUACAACAGAGCAAACACCCACAUAGAAGACCUCACACUAUCCGCUAUCAAGCUCGUCAAGACAGUUUCGGGUACUAAGAGACCUCAUCUGCCCUCGAGACGUAGCAGUGCGAACAUACUCCGAACCGGUACUGGCCUCUCCGAACCAGAUCCAGAGGCACAGCGCGAAGCGCCAACGACCGACGAGACGAGCCUUGUCAACCGACUACUUCUGUCAUUCAUCACACACAUUCUCGAGGACUAUGUAUUGUCGUUGACCUCCGACGAUGACGUCCCAGGUCUUUCCUGGUCCAGCAGGCUGAUGGAGAAGUACGAGCCAUCGAGGAUACCGAACAAGCCCAACUACCAAAAGUACGCGGACCGCUUCGCACAAGACGAGGACCUGAUGUCCAGAACUUCGAUCCUUGGUCAAGUCGUUGCGUUAACACAAGACCUGGGUCUGAAGAAGGAGGAACUCAUGCAGACAGUUAUGAAUGUUGAAGUUGAGAAGCGAGGCCUGCCCGGAUCGGAAGACGAGCCACCCGCUUCAGCUGAGGAUAUUCCUCUAUCGCGAACAGGUGCCCUAAUCAUCUUCUCGGCCUGGAACGUCAAGCAAGAGCUUUAUGCAGCAGCUAAAGAAGACGAAUCGUCAUCCAUCGCUCUUUUCCCCGAACACGCGACAAUACUAAACAACUUCGUCGGUGCCCUCGGCCCGCAAACUGUCGGUCUAGAACCCGAAGCACUCCUCGACACCAUUCUUGCGCUUGGUCUCAUCGCCCUCGAGAAAAACAACGUCGGUGAGCCCAAAGACGACGAAGCGUUCGCGAAAUACCUCCAGACCAUAUCGCUCAUCUCGGCGAAUACACCUUCGCCCAGUCUCCGCGGCCAUGCGCACUACCUCACAACUACAGCCCUGAGGUCGCACCCACUCGACCUCGUUCGACUAACAUUCAUCCGCGACACGCUCGAAUACUGCCCAUAUGAGAACCUAAAAGCGAGCGCAGUUUCAUGGCUAAAAGGCGAGACCCUCGAAGCCAACGCACACACCCUACAAGGCCAACCAAAUCCCAGCGACGCCGACGCCGAAACCUCCGUCUUCGCGACCCCCGUUGCGCUGUCCACCGUAGCACCCUAUCUAUGGCCCGACCUCACGCGUCAUUACUCCUCGAGUGUCGAGCUCCCAGAGGCAUGGAUGCAGUUCCGCCAGGAACUCGGCUUCUAUGUCGCGGCGCUGAACUUCUACUACCUGCUCUUGCAGGCGAAGCCCCUGCAUGGUGUGCUGGGUGUCAAGGAUCUGGAUCUCAAGCUGUAUAUUGGGCCGCUUAAGGAGGCUGCGACGCGCUUUCAAGCGGAGCUGGAUGAGGGAGGGGGCGAUCUGGGUGUUGAUGAUGAGGAGGCGCUGGAGCAGGCUAAGGCUGAUGUUGGGUUGCUGGAGAAGGUUGUUGAGUGGGUGGAGGGCGCGAAGAAGGGGUUGUAG